UGGCGGCCUUUUAAUUUCCACGUCUUCUUCCACACAAUCAAAGUUUUGAUAGAUUUUGGGGAAAUACAGCAGUCAAAUUGUUUGUUUUACAAACGCCCUGCUGUCAGACGACCGGCGCACCAGUUCGGUUCAAGUUGAAGGCGAGGGAAUAUUAUUUUUAGCCAGUAGGCCACAGCUAAGUGGCACCCGUGUUCUGUCUAAACACUUUUUUGGCUGCGACUGCGAAUAAAUCAAACAGUUUCAUAUCAAAUCUUGAGAACUAAACAUGCCCAUCAUUCGGCUGGAGUCCUCGGAUAAGGAGAUUUUCGACACGGACCAAGAGAUCGCCAAGUGCUCGGAAACGAUUCGCACGGCUCUCGAGGAUUUGGGCGAUGAGAGUGACAACAGUGUGCUGCCCUUGCCGAAUGUCAACUCCCUGAUCCUGAAGAAGGUGCUCCACUGGGCCACCUACCACAAGGAUGAUCCCAUGGUGACGGAGGAGGACGAGAACAAGGAGAAGCGUACUGAUGAUAUCUCGUCUUGGGAUGCCGACUUUCUCAAGGUGGAUCAGGGCACCCUAUUUGAACUCAUCCUGGCUGCCAACUACCUGAACAUCCAGGGCCUGCUGGAUGUCACCUGCAAGACUGUGGCCAACAUGAUCAAGGGCAAAUCGCCGCAGGACAUUCGCGACACAUUCGCCAUCAACAACGAUUUUUCGCCGCAAGAAGAAGAGCAGGUCCGCAAGGAGAACGAGUGGUGCGAGGAAAAAUAAUUGCUUAAAUUAUGAAAAUAAAACAAGCAUUGCAAAAGCCAAUAAAUAUUGACUUAAAAUUGAA